CACUUCCUCUUCCGCCCGUGCGCGGCUCCCAGAGCGCGACCAAGACGCCGCGGUUGGUCGUCUUGUUCACCGAAGGCCCGGCGGGCUCGCGUGGCGCCCGGUCCUGCUCGCCUCCAUCGGGGCGGGCGGAGCGCCGCGAUCCGUAGGGCGGCGGUGGCUCGCUCGAGUCCGGGGCAGCGGGAAGCGGAGCGGAGCCGUGCGAGGGUCUCACUAAGUUUCCAAGGCAGGCCUCGAACUCAUAUAAUCCUCCUUCCUCAACUUCUGGGAUUAUAGGCAUGUGCCAUCACGCCCACUGUCUUUUUUAACAAUUGGAUAAUUUGUAAACAAAAACCAGCUGUGAUUUUUUUCCCCCUAGGUUAAAAAUUCGUAUAAAUCAUUUUCAUAGCGUCCUGUAUAUGUCUUGCAAAGAAGAAUGAUGAGCAUUUAGUUGGUUAGUUGGGAGAUGCUUUUGGAGAAGAAUAUGACUACCUUUCCCCUAAUUAUUUCUCUUUUUAUUAUGGUUUCACUGCCUCAAGCUCUCCUGCCAUCGUCCAUAUACUUCCACAAAGUGAAGACUUCUGUCUUCACAAAUAAAUGAAGGUCAUGGAAAUUGUACCCCUUAUUAAAGACAGACGGUUGACCCAAAUUUAAGAAGAACCCAAUCUCUCCUAAUCUGAUUUUUUCAUAUUCUUCCCUUAUGAGAAACAUGAACUAGAAAGCACACCAGUUGUCCUUGGAUAAUCCUAAGCCUCCUUUCAGCCUGUGGGUACCAAUUUUCUCAAUCACCAACCUGAAAUGUUAAGAAAAAGAAGGAGGCAAUGUUAUUCAGUAUUUGUCUUCUCUGAGCUAUUUGAGAGAAGUAAAGGACCUGGCUAUUGAUUUUAAAGGGAAGGAAGAAGAUAUUUACAUUGAUUUUUGUACCAGAGCAGACAGGUCCUUAUUUUAUCAAAGGUGGCAUCAGCAAGGUGCCAGACACUGAAUCGAAACUGGUGCUAGAGCAGAAUGAUGAUGGUAGAUCUGAAGGUGGUUGAGCAUUUGGACCCUCAGAUCAGGGCUCUGUGGGAGACUAAGGAACCUGUGACUCAGAGCUCCAAUCAAAGUAAGAAAUCUGCACAGAGAGACAGUCUGGAUCCCAGGCGCUCUUGCUGGCACUUCCGGAACUUCCAUUAUCACAAAACAGCUGGACCCCAUGAAGCUGUCAGCCAGCUUCAGGAAUUAUGCCGUCGGUGGCUGAGACCAGAGAUUCACUCAAAGGAGGAGAUCUUGGAACUGCUGGUGCUAGAGCAGUUCCUGACCAUUCUGCCCAGGGAGAUGCAGACCUGGAUGCAGAAGCACCAUCCACAGAGCAUUGAGGAGGCUGUUGACUUGGUGGAAUACUUACAAAGGGAAACUGGUCAAAGGAGGAAUGGGGUUGAAGUCCAUGAGCUGGAAAAGGAGCCAGUGCUUGUGGGAGAAACACCAGAGACUCCAGGCUUAAAGGUGAAGCCAUCAAAGUCUCAAUCAGAAGGUGUGUCUAAGGAUGAAGAAUUUUGGAAUACAUACCAGGGUGUACAAAAACAUCUGAGCAGGAGUUCUUGUAAAGAAACUGAGUCUAUAUAUGAGAGUGCUGUUCCUGCUCAGCAGAGUCUAGCCUUUUCUGAACAGAAAAACACCAAAGUGUGGACAGUGGCACCUGGGCUUAUCUUGCCCCAGUCCCAGAGCUUGUUGUCAUUUGAAGAAGUAGCCAUGUAUUUUUCCAAGGAAGAGUGGGAGUUAUUGGAUCCCACUCAGAAGGCUCUCUACAAUGAUGUAAUGCAGGAAAACUAUAAGACUGUCAUCUCGCUAGCAUUAUUUGUGCUUCCCAAACCUAAAGUCAUCUCCUGUCUAGAGCAAGGAGAAGACCCAUGGGUUCAAGGAUCGUCAGAGUUCAAACCCUGCCCCAGAGAAUCUUCUACAGCAGGGUUAAUACUAAAAAAUGACACUGAAAAUCAUCAGCCUGUAUCUCUCUCUGACUUGGAAAUACAAGCACCAAGAGACUUAGGAUCAAAAAAGGCCAAAGUGAAAGUUCCCCAGAAAACAGUGGGCAAAGAAAAUCAUGGUGAUACACACAGAGUGGGGAAGUGGCACCGAGAUUUUCCAGUGAAGAAAAGAAAGAAACUUGCAACAUGGAAACAAGAACUACUGAAACUUAUGGAUCUUCACAAGAAAGACCGUGCAGGGGAAAAGCCUUUUAAAUGCCAAGAAUGUGGGAAAAACUUCAGAGUUAGCUCUGAUCUUAUUAAGCACCAAAGAAUUCACACAGAAGAGAAGCCUUAUAAGUGCCAGCAGUGUGAUAAGAGGUUUAGAUGGAGUUCAGAUCUUAAUAAGCACUUAACAACACAUCAAGGAAUAAAACCAUAUAAGUGUUCAUGGUGUGGGAAAAGCUUCAGUCAAAAUACAAACCUUCACACACACCAAAGAACUCACACAGGAGAGAAACCCUUUACAUGUCAUGAAUGUGGAAAAAAAUUCAGUCAGAACUCCCACCUUAUUAAGCACCGGAGAACCCACACAGGUGAACAGCCUUACACCUGUGGUAUAUGCAAGAGAAACUUUAGUAGGCGGUCAAGCCUUCUUAGACACCAGAAACUUCACCAAUGAAGGGAAGGUUGUACAGUGUCCUUAUUCUAAAGAAAUUCAUCAAAUGGAGCUUGACACUGAAGUUGUAAAAAAAAAAAAAAAAAAAAGCAUGAAUUUUUCAACAAAAAAUUGGGUAUAAAUGUCAUGAUUCAUAGAAAGGUUGACCCAACUGUGGGUACAUUAGUUAUACUACUUACUGUUUUUAACUGUCAGGGAAUUCCUUAGCACUAGAGAUGUUCUAAGAGCAUCUGAAUAAGGGAAAGGGCUCUUUGGGGAUUGUACAAGGAAAAUAGCAAUUUCAGCUUCAGAUAGCAGAUGCAGCGAGUCAGUAGUUCUCUGUAAUCACAGAAGUAAAUGCUGAUGGUUUUGCAUUGAUGUCCUCAGUCACUUGAACAUAGUAGAAGCAUUUGUAAUGUAGUCUUCCAAGAUGAAAAAUGAUUAACAUUUAUCUGUGUUUAAUUGUAAACCAUUGUGUUCAGGGUAUCAGACUAAACAUUUUCGGUGAUCUUGGGCAGAAAUGAAUUCUAAUGGAAAGUUUUCCAGGAGCAAAAUUGGAUUUUCUUCCUUUCUCUUGUCAUUGGACACUGUUCAUAAAGAUGGACAUCAUUUGAGUUCCUUGAACUUUUUAGCAAUUUCAGCUCUUGCAUCCUUCCUGUUAGCACAAAUUUUACUGUGAUAAAACCAUUAGGGAAUCUGCCAGAUGGACUAAUAAUGCACUAUUUUAUGCCUCUCAUUGGUGGUGUUCAGAAAGUGGAAAACAUCUCUAAUGAGAGCAUAUGAAAACGGGUUGGAAUUUGUAGCCAUGAAUAUAUAUUAGAUAUAAGGAUUUUCUGCAAUAAAAGUAGACUUUCCUUACCUCAAGAUGUCAGCAUAGAGCAGUCAUAAAAAUUAGUACUUGUUCUAGGCAUUAAAGAAAACUGAGUUUAGGAUCAACUUCUUACAGUUUCUGUUUACUUUUUAAUUUGCCUUUUGUUAAGAACAAAAGAGUAAUGUUUGUAUGAGAACUGGAAUGUGUGUGUGCUACAGGCAGGAUCCUGUCACUCACUUGGUAUAGAGACUUGAACAUGCAGUGGGAGUUUGGGUUCCCAAAAAGAAAUGUUUGGUAACUGAUGCUCAGUGUUGGACAAGUAUAGGUAGAUCUACAUCUAUGUUGUUAUGUUUUUACACUGAAAGCUCUUAAGCAGGGUCCACCUUUCCAGCACAGUGUUCAAUAGCAGCCUCAAGUUAAUAAAUUUGAUGGGUUACUGUUAGUCUGCAUAGCCUAUAGAUUUUCUUAUAAUUGACCUGUUUAGGUAAAACAGUAACUCAGUUUAUUCCUGUUAGGGCUUUUAGAUAUGUCAAGAAAGAGAUUCAAGUAAUGAUCUCUUCCAAGUCUCUAAUAAAUAAGGAAAUUGAGACUUGAAGAAAUAUAGGGCUAAUGUGGUGCCUACCUGUAAUACUGGCUCUUGGGAGGCUGAGGCAGGAGAAUCACAAGUUCCAAGCCAGCCUGGGCAAUAGGGAGACCCUAUCUCUAAAAAGGGCUGUGGAUGUAGCUCAGUGUUAGAGUGCUUGCUUGGCAUGUGCAAGGACCUGGGUACAAUCCCCAGUACCUCCUCCCUAAAGACAGGAACUUGAUUAAGACAUUGCUAGAGGAUCUGAGGACUACAACUUAGCAUCAUCUAUCAUAUAUGAAGGCAGGAUUAAUAGGACCAAUUUAUGUUAUCCCCACACAACCAGCCUGAAUAAUGCAUUGUAUCUAAUUCUAGUUUAUAAAACAUUCCUGUUUUUUUAUUAGCAUUUCUCAGAUGGUUCAUGAAAUACCCUUGUGUCUCCAUUUUCUCUCUAAAAUAGAGAUAGCAUUCAACUCAGGGUUGUUUGGGGAUUAGAUGGAUUGAUGAAAGUAGAGCACCUACAAUGGCCUCGCCCAUAGUAGAAACAUGGUGUGUAUGUGUUCUUUCCCUUUCCCCUGCUCCCCAGUGGUAAGUUGGACUGGCUGACUACAUUAAGAAAGCAAAUGGCAUUUGUGGCAGCCCCAUUCAGGACUUGAGCACUUGAGUUGUUAAGAUGAUUUGAUUAUUGGUUUUAGUAUUUUCUGAUGUAUGUCACAAGAGCUACCUGAGCUAUUGGUCUGGAGCUCUCAGCCACAAUUCUGUUUUAUUCCUUGAGAUAAGUUGGACCAAGUUUGUUUUCUAAGCACAGAGAUCGGAAGCUCUGCUCUACCUAGUCUUUCAGUCUCAGACCCUUGGGACUCUGACUCUUCUCUCAGGACAUGUGGAUUUCUUGGAGACACUGCAUUCACUCAGCUCUAUUUAAUAAAACUCUGUUGUGUUCUGGGCCCUGUCCAGACUCUGAAGACACAGCAAAGGAGAGAACACAUCCUUUCAUGGAGAAUGUAUUCCAGUGAACCUAGGAGAAAGGAGGUAAAAAAGAAAUCUUUCUUGUUCUUUGUAGUAAGCCAGAGUCAUGAGAUAGAUUUGAUCAGCAGGUAAUGAUCAGAAUCUUCAAUUCUGAGCCAAAGCAUUAAUUUUCUGGUGCAAGUCUCUAGUACUCUCCUUUCCUGCCUUAAUCAUGGAAGCACAUACAUAGCUAGAGGAGCCACAAGAUCAAAGCCAUCAGGAAUGCUGGGUCCCUGCAAAGAGGUCAGCUAUUCUGAAGUCCCCAGACCUAUAAUAUACUUUGUUGGACUGAGAAGUAAAUGUUAUGUUAAAGCAUGGACAUGCUGGUGCCAUGUGUUUCUGCAGCAUAACACAGCCUGUUUUAAUAGAGCAUAGAAAAGAGCAGUUGGAGGUGGCUACACUUACAGAACUCAAAAGAAUUUCCCUUUUCAUUUCACCUGACUUUGGUCCUGUAAGAGACCUAGCUUCUCCUAGAUGCUUGGCACCUAAUGCAAUUCCAGUAGAAACACUUAGGCACUCAAGACUAGAUUAUAGGGAAGAAAGACAUUGCUAUCUGGGACAAAUCAGGGGGAAAUUAGUGGUUCAAGUGGACAAAGCAACCUUCCCUUCCUCUUUUUGUUUCCCUGUCCACCACCCCUCCCCUGUAUCUUACCUGUUGAUAGGAGAGGUUGUGUUCCCAUUCUUCAUGUGAGUGCAGUAGAUUUCAUAGUAUGGUUUGGCAACUACUUCUGUUAUUCUUACUGUCAGUUGUGCCUCAGAAAACAGAAGAGAUGUAGGGCAAAAGCACAUUUCCUCAGACUGAUGUAGAGAGGAAGGUGGCUGCUCUGGGCUAAGGGGUGAGAGUUGGGGUGAAACUUGAGUAGGAAAUCAGGAGUAGGACAGUUGUAGUUCUCCAGUGAGAAAGUCCUGGCUUAGACUGUUGUGAUCAACCCAAUGUCCCACGACAUCUUAGGCUUGAAAUUUGGAGUGGAAUUUGGAAGAAAGGUUUUUUGAAGCUUUGCUUGAAACUGAAAUAUGAGAGCUCUAGGUUUAGUCUUAAACAUUAAGCACUAAAGUUCUAAUGAAUAUGUCCUCCAUAAGUAGCCAGAUGAUUUCCAGGACAAAUCAGAUGGUGCCUUAUUCUCAUUUGUUUAGACAGAAAUCUUAACAAAGUUAUUUCUGAGAACUGUGUCAUUUUUUUUAGUCUAGAUUGCCUUCCUCUCUCCCUACUAGUCCAAGUGGUCAAAAUGCUAGAACUGGCCUAGAUGUAGAGGCCUUGCCUUGAGCAUGCUGUCCAGAAACUUGAAUUGAUCUUAGGAACCUUACAUCUUUAACUGUAAGGGAAGGAUAGGAGGGCUUAGAUCAAACCUCAAAAUGAAAACUCCUAUGGUUUCUUACCAGCUUUUGACUGGGUUCCCUGUAUAGUUUCUGAAGUGAGAAGCCUUGAAGAUUUGCCCACACUGUUUUCCAGUGUUCUUCCCAGUAAGACUACAUCUAAAUAGCUAUAGUGUGGAUCCAAAAUGUCCCCCAAAGGUGCAUGCGUUAAAGGCUUGGACCCCAACUUGGUGCUCUUGGGAGACAGUGGAAGCUUUAAGAGGUAGAACUUAGUGGUAGGUGUUUAGGUUGCUGGGGGCAUGCCCUUGAUGAGGAUAGUGGAACCCCAUCUCCUUCCUCUCUCCUUUUUGCUCCCAUCACAAUGUGCUCCCUUGCCACACACCUAGAAGUAAUGGCCAACUAAUCAUGGACUGUAAUCUCAAAUUGUGAGCCAAAAUGAACUUUUUUAAGUUGAUUGUCUCAGGUAUUAUAGUAAUAGAAAGCUGACACAUAAGUAUAAAACCUUAUAGUUUCUUGUGUAGGUUCACUGGGGAGCAAGGAUGGGCUACUGUUUGAAGCAUCUACUAAACUUACAAUAUGCUUAGGUUUCCUUCAUGUAUGAAUCCUGCAGUGGGCAAUGCUAUGAGGAUUAAAAAUAUUUUCAGCAGUCCAGAUUCGAGUUCAUGAUUCCAGUCCGUGGCACAGGCAUCCAUCGGACUAGUAAAAAGUGGAAGCUUCAGAUCCCCUUGCUAAAUAUUGCUGGUGAGGUAGAACUGCAAGCUGCACACCCUCCUUCCAGGAAAUAACAGACUUUGCUCUUGCAAGGGCCUACCCAGGAUUCACUCCUCCAAGAUCAAAGGAAACAGUUCUGUUUAGCAUCUUCUGUGCCUAGUGAAAAAUCCCAGUGUUUUAACAAGAACAGUCUUGAUACCUUCCAGCACUUGCCAUGGGAAAGAGUAGUUUGAAAACAGGAUUGCAAUAUGGUACUUUCACAAAACUGUCAACCUCAGAAUCUUUGAAAUUCAAAGUUUUUCUCAUCUUCUGUUCCCAGGAGGAGCAAAGAGUAGGGAUCUCUCAUCUCUUUGAAAGAUCACCUGUAAGGCAGACAAGUGGCAGGAAGUGGUUGCCUUUGAAUAUGUCAGAGAAGGUGCAGGUAGAAAUUGAGGUUUCCUGGUUCACAGUUCAGAUAAAGUUCCUUUAAAUAGAAGAUCCCUAGGAAGAAUUCCAAUUCUUGUCCAUGCAUGUGUGGAACAGGCUUUAGGAGUCAUGGCUCCUGUCUGACUCCUCAAUAGCCAUUCUUCCCCAUGAGCAUUUAGUCAGCCUCCCAGUGUUCCAUCCUGCCAUGACCCUGACCAUUUAUACCAGUUCUCAUCAUCUCAGAGUAGGGCGAUGGCAUCCCAGAGAGUGCAGUCAUUCUCAAUGAAAUUCUGAUCUCUCUCCUGUCUCCUCAAGAGCCAGGAAUGGUUUAUCACUGGCCUCUAUUGUUCUUAGAACUCCAUUCUUAGCAAGAAAGCACCUAGUUUCUCAUCAUUAAGUAUUAUUAUUUGUUGAUUCCCCCAGCCAGGGGUGCUCCACCACUGAGCCAUAUCCCUAGCCCCAGCCCCCUUUUUUGAGAUAGGACCUUGCUAAGUUGCCAAGACUGGAAGACUGGCCUGGAACUUGCAAUCUUCUUACUUCAUCCUCCUGAGUAGCUGGCAUUACAGGCAUCCACCAUACCUGACUGAUUUUUUAACAAGUUUUUAAGCAAGUUGAGGAAGUUCCCCCUCUAUUUUUACUUUGCUGAGAGUUUCUAUCAUGAAUAGUAUUGAAUUUUGUCAAAUCAUAUCUACAUCUAUUGACAUGAUCAUGUGAUUUUUUCCUUAGUUUGCUCAUAUGAUGGAUUAUAUUCAUUGAUUUUUCGGAUCUUGAAUCAUCCCUUGCAUACCUGAAAUAAAUCCCUGUUGUAUUUUCUUCUAAUUUGGUCUUGAGGUCUCUCUGGAAAGGGACUAUAAACUCUAGACCUUCCCUGUUAGGACAUGGAUGUUUACAGAGCCCUCCAUGGAAUACUUUUUUUUUUUUUUAUCCUGGUGGAUGACCUAAUGCCUCAGGUCCUAACGAUGACUAAGUGUUCCAGUUUAUUCUUACCAAGGUAGCCACUCUCUAGGAGAUCCCUGACUGGGAAAGAAAGUAUCAGGAGCAUCAGUCAUGUAAGACAGGAAGCAAUGCAGCAAAACACAUAACAGGAGCAGUUUUAUUCUUACAGAUCACAGAAAGAAGAGGGCAGCAUGCCUCACAGGAUUGAUGGGAAGUGGGGAGCCAUCUGAGACACAUUCAUUCAGCAAGUGGAGAGAAAGAGAACCUGUACACUUGGGUACUUUGGGAGUCCAUCUACCUAGGCAGGUUUCCUGUAGAAGUUCUAAUGGGUAGGUUUAGGGCAAGCAGACACAAGUUCUACAGAGGCAUGCUAUGACUAAGAGGGGAUUAGUGUGGCAUGCACAGUCCAUGUGAAGUGUGGGAUUCAGUGGAGCAAGUCAAGUAGGUUGUCUCUAGCUACUCCACAGGAAGGCAGUUCUAGAUCCACAUUAGGAUGGUGGGAGGUAAGUAGAAAACUAGAAACUGUCAAGGGUGACUAAGCCCUGCUUUUGGCAUGAGAAAAAUUAAACAUUGACAACAGGUGCCAAGGUCACAUAAAAUUAUAAGAAUUUACAAUCCUACUUGAUCAUGAUAUAUAAUUUUUAUUUCAUUGUUGGAUUUGAUUUGCUAAUACUUCGUUAAGGAUUUUUGCAUCCAUGUUCAUGAUAAAUAUGGCAUUUUUUAAUGUCUUGUAAUAUCUGGCUCUAGUAUUAGAGUUAUGAUCACAGAGACAUUCCCUCUGCUUCUGUGUUCUGGAAGAGAUUGUAGAGAACUGGCAUAUUUGCUGCCUUAAAUGAUUGAUAGACUGCCAGUGAAUCCAUCUGGUCCUGGUGCUUUGUGUUUGGAAAGUUUAUUAAUUACUGAUCCAGUUUAUUUAAUAAACAGACCUAUUCAGACA